GGCUUGUAUCACCCAACCGAGGCAAACUGGUGGUGACGACACGGCCGGCUGCUGCAAGGUUGUUGGAAGAUCACCUGGGAUCACUGGCGCACUUGCUCCCCGCUUUCAGUGAUAGCCAACUCCAGAAAUACCUUGACAGGUUUCGACCUAGAGCGCUCAGAUGGAGAUUCGACGGCUUAGCGACACCACUCAAGGAUCUACUGAGAAUCCCACUGUUUGCCGAAAUGUACAGAGACCUGAUGGAGGUCGGAACAGAGUCACAUGACACUGUGGCCUUUUGUGAAGUCUUUUUCCACUACAAGUUUGGAAAACUGUAUGUAGAAAACUUUGGGGACAAGCUGUCUGACCCUGGAAAGAGGAAGGAAGUGAAAAUGUUAUGGAGGUGCCACGAGGCCAAGCUCAAGCGUUUAGCAGGAUUACUUCUGGUGCGAAACAAAGAAAUCCUUCAGUCACUUAUACAGUCAUCUGGGGGUGACAGUGUUGUAAAAGCUGGAAUGGUGCAUCAGUUGACCGGUGAGAAACUGCUGUUCGAGCAUAGGACAUUUGCGGAAUAUUUCCUUGCAAAGUGGUGUUUCUCAGAUGCUAGCCGAAAGGCGUGUGCAGCAGUGUACAGUACCGCUCAGUCGGGGAGGAACUUGGAGUUUUUUGUGGAGGUUUUUGACCGCAUGGCGAGUCGGGGACGACACCUGCUAAGUUUGUUGCUAGAUGGUGAUGAGAGAAGAGUGAGAGCGUUGCUGCAGGCAGGUGUGGGACUGGAAGAGAGGGACAUUUGGGGGCGCAAUGCACUUCACAUUGCAGCUGCCCAAGGAGUCAAAGCAUCACUGCUGCGACUCUUGUGCCAGAAGAUAAAGGCAGCUCUGGCUGAGGAGGACGGACUCCUACACUGGACACCACUGCAGUAUGCAGCUAACAGGGGCCACUGGGACACAGUGGAAACCCUGCUACAGGCUGGUGCUGAUCUGAACCAGUUGGUCAACAUUCAGAACACUGUGUCACUCCUCCUCUUGAGGAACAACUACAGAGUCAAUGGUCUUCUACAGAACUUGCUUGUGAGAAGCAGAGGUAUACGGUCCUUUCAAGGUGCUGAAUACUCUGGGAGAUCUACAGUAAAGCAGAAAGGAGGAGUGUGAAUGUGGAUGAACAGGAGGCUAGGAUUUUAAAGAUUACAAGAACUAGUAUACAACCAGGACAGAGCUUCACAUUGCAAUACAGACUGGUUGUGAAGAGAAAGUCAAAAGCUCACAAUAUGGAGUGCAGACUUAUAUGCACAAGGUGAGAGCGGGGCAACUGCACUACAUUGUGCAGUGUACUUGAAUGGGAUAAAUUGUAUAGAGCUUCUUAUUGGUGCAGGUAUAGAUAUUGGAGUGCAGGAUGGCAAGUGGGAGACAGCUCUGCAUUAUGCAGUGAAAGUGGAAGCCUCAGAUGUUGUGAAGCUACUUACUGAGGCUGGUGUGUUUCUAGAGGACAGUUAUACAGAUACAGUUUGCACUAUGCUGCAGUAGGAAAAGUGCUCAGCUACUGCUAAGUGUGGACGACAUGCACCUCAGUGCAACUCUACUAAAUGCUGCAGCAAAAGCAGAUGAUGGUGACAUCAUCAUACUUACUUAAGUUGGUGCAAAUCUUAAGACAUAUGAUGAUGAUGAUGGAAUGUCAGCUUUGCACUAUGCUGCACUGCAGGGCUGUGUAAAAUGUGUUCGGUUGAUUGCUAGUUCUGAUGCAUAUGCGGAUGUGCAGGAUAAUUUUUGUGAGAUGCCCCUCCAUUACAUGGUAAAUAAGAAAAGUUGAUUAUCAGUGCUGGUUCACAUCUGCAGGUACAUGACAUACGUGGUAAAGACAGCUUUACGAUAUGCUGCAUGUCAGGAUAGAGUAGAAUAUGCUUCAGUGUCUGUUAGUGAUGACACAGAUGUGAACAUGUGGGACAAAGUCAGUGUGACUCCUCUCCACUAUGCAACAGAAGAAACUUCCUCACUGUUGAGUUGCUUAACGAGUCCAGUGAACUUCUACACACCUGUAACAAGGAUGGAAUAAUGGCCUUGCCCUCUGCUGUAACCUGUGUCUGGCCACCCUGAUUUACGUUUUCUGCGAUCUCCCUAAAUCGCUGAAAACAAGUGCCAGGAUGGUUCCUUUGACAGGGCAUGGCCAACUUCUUUCCCCAUCUGUCCCUAAAACGAUGGGACUGAUACCCUCACUCUUUGGUCCAUUCCCCCAAACUGA